CUUACAGUCCUACUAUGUCACCACUUGUUAAACUGAAUAAUGUCAUGGGGUGUUACAGAAAGUGACGUAGCAGUUUCACUUUCAGUCUAUUUUUGAACUGCAGUCAGUCACUUGUAGCCAUGCUGACUGACUGUUCUCCAUCAUGUCUUCAAACACUGGUUGUCAAGGUGUGUUUGGUUUUAAAUGUGGCACAAAAAAAAGUGAACAACUCUGCCAUGAACAAGAUAGGCAAGUUUGUGUUGAUGGUGGGAGGAAUUUAAUUAACACUCUCUCCAAACGGAGCUCCAACAAAUCAGAGUCUUCUCUUAGUCACUAUGUGGUGAUUUUGUACGCAGUGACACAAGAAUUUGAUGUGCUCUUUCUCAGAGAAAACACUUUCCGCCUCUCACUCCUGUCUGUUCUCACAGACUAAAUGUGAUGCCACUUGGAGUCUGAGAGAUUAGUUUUCAAGGCUAAACUUCCUUUACACUAAAUCAUCUCAGGUCUAUGUGUGUCCAUAUUGCACUUUCUGUCUCUGUUCCAGUCUCUUUGCUCUCAUAUCUAAAUGUUGCUUAUGUGAAUGUCAGGUGACCACACCUGGAUGUUGUACUACAUCACUGCGGGUAUAUAUAUAUAGCUACAGAACGCACUCUCUACAAACCUCAUUCUGUCAUUUAAAUCUGAUGAAGUCUUCCUUUGUCUGCACAGUCACGGAUCUCAGUCAAGGCAGUAAAGGUCCAGAGUAAUUACCGGCAGACUGGCAAGUCUCUGAAAUCCCCUGGUUACUCAUCUUCCAACAUCAAAUACAGUAACAUUUAUUCUAUGUCGUAUGCAUUCAUCCUCAUUCAUAACUAUCUCUGUGUCGAGGCAGAUGUAUGUUUUCAUCGUUCACCCAUGUUUGUGUUUGCUGCCAUUUCAAAAUGAAAAACCCAGGAAAUGUUUUUGCAUGACUCAUCUAUCACAAGGUUGAGUGCUUAUAGUCUCAGUAUAUGACGCACAUAUGAGUUUUAGUGUUAAGAUCAAAGGCUGUUUAUGGACAAGGAGGUGGACUGAUUAAUCCGCAGUUCAGUAUUUUAUAGCUUGAGAAAGAUGGGGCUGAGUUACCUCCAUCUGGCCAAAUGCCAAAGUCUUAUUGGGUUUCUCAUCUCAGCAAGAUCCUGUAUUCAGUUUCCUUUCUCUCUUAUUGCCUUAAAGCAAUAGUUCAGUAUUUUUGUGGGAAAUACCUUUAUUUAUUGUCUUGAUGACAAGAUCAAUACCAGACACAAGACAGAACCAGGCCUGCUGUUUUCCUCUAUUUCCAGUCUUUAUGCUAAGCUAAGCUAACUGUGCUGGCUGAAGCUUCAAGAAAGCCCAUGAGUGUAUUUUUGCUGCUUUGUCGUAAAAGUCAUUUCGAAGCGUUAAUGCUUCAAGUAAUUGGUUUUAGUCUCCUCAUGUUGUGGCUGACUCGUGUUCCUCGCACAUGCAGAACUUCAAAGUGAUCAGACUCAUUGGUCAGUACUUCAUGAACCUUAAUGUUAGUUCUGCUUUGGUCUGGUUCAACAAGCCUCCUCGUUCAUGUCAUGAUGAACAGGAACCCUUUCCACCACAUUCACCCUCUCCUCAUUUCUUUGCCUAGGCGAGCACAUGAUUGCGCACAUUCAUGGGGUUAUACCUUCCACCAUUAACAAUAAUUGCUCUGCCUGCCCUAUGUGUGAACUCACUUAAGCAUGCUGAGGAGCAUUCACUCCGAUACGAACAUGAAACUGCAACUGGAGACAGACCAGCCUCAGGAUGAGCUCAGCGGGAAUGAUACAUUACAGCCAUCGUAUCCCCCUCAUCCAUGAGUCUCCACUGACUUCCUGCUCCUCAUAGCUGAGUGAUCACUGACUGACUCACUCCCGCUCUCAAUUCUCGGAUGGUUGGUGACACCAGACAAAAAUAUUGUAGAGAUGAGGGGCAAAUUGAUGACUACAGUUUCUCUGGAUGCCUCCUUGGGUCACCACUUUCAUUUAGCUGUGGCUCAGUCAUCCUCCCAGUUUGGUGAUGCAGAGCAUUUACCAGCAAACCCAGAGUUUAAUUUCCUUCUCUCUCUUAACCCAUCCAGUGUUGUUAAUGCGUGAUGUGGCAAGAUUGCACAACGACAAAUCUUUUCCUUGAAUGAAAGCAUGUCUUAAUCAGUAUCUUUUUGUCUCUGCAUGUUGGAUUUAUAUUUACUCUGACGAGAUUUGGCCCAUGAACGUGGUAGGAAGGAAGGGGAAGAGGAGGUGUUAUGAGCAGAGUGUCAUAUGAUAAACAUUCACCUCUUUCAGCUCAUGUUCCAAUGAAGCCAUCUGGGAACAAACAUGAUUCAUAGCUCCUAUGGUAGAAGCAUUAUUAUUAAACCUGGUAGACCUGUUACCUUUAUGUGCCACAUUUAUUGUCAACAAUUUCACUUUUGUCUAUAGCUCAGAACUGAUUAUUCAACCAUAAUGCAUGUUGUUUUUUAUGCACUUCUGUCACCUGCCUGCUGCUGUUUCCUUGCAAUUCCUGUUGUGUCUGUCACAGCUCUAUUUUUUUUCAUAUAAGAGCAGUAAUGUAUAGACAACGCCCUAAAGCCUUUCUGACCAGUGUUUCAUCUUUAUAGACAACCCUGAAUGGAGGAUGUUUCCUUGUAAGAUGAUGACUAAUGUUGCCAUGACAUCAGCAGGGCAGCGUCCGGGUGUUCAACCUGCCUCUGCAUCAGUUCAUAUUCAGUUUGGUCUUUUCUUCGUCACCUUUUACUUUUAAAGGAAUCAAAGAAAUAGAUUGAUAUUUUUGACAAAUACACUUAUUUGCUUUCUUACUGUGAGUUAGAUGAGAAGAUCAAUACCACUCUCAUCCGUACUGUGAACAUGAAGCUACAGUCAGAUAGCUUAUCUUAGCAUUAAGACUUGGAGUUGGGGGAAACAGAUAGUCUGUCUGUGUCCAAAGUCAAAAAAAUAUCACUUACCAGCAGCUGUGAAGCCUAAUUAGUUCAGAAAUCAAACUGUAUGUGAGAAGUUGUGGUUUUGGGUGGGUUAUGUGCUGGACUAUUUCCCGCACACUAACUUCUAGCACAACUUGUCAUUUUUAAACUGAAGAUAUAUCACGUUAAUCGGUGAACUUUAGAGGUGCUCGUAGGUGGAUUUUUUUUUAUCUUCAGACAGAGGCCUAGCUGUCCCCCGCCUCCAGUCUUUAUGCUAAGAUAAGAUAAACACCCUCUGGCCAUUUUUAAAAUACAGACAUGAGAGUGAUAUCAAUCAUCUUAUCUAACUCUGCUUAAAAGUCAAUACAGUAUUCAGUAUUUCCCAAAAUGUCAAACUGAUUCAGAGGAAUCCUGAUGUCCAACACCAUGUCAGUCUAAAGCUUGAUAUGACUGUUUUCCUGUAAUGAUGUUUGUGAUGAUUUUGGUCUCUAGCAGAGGACUCUGAUCCAGGUGGGUGACGGACCAGAAACACCUGGGAGUUUCCACCAAGUUUUGCUUUCAUGUCUUUCUUUUUUUUUUUUUUCAUUUUCAAAAAUAUCUCUUUGGAAAUCUAGAGGUUAAAUCUCUUCCACCACUGGGUCACUGGUUUGGCCCCGACUUCCAGCGUAACCACACCCUCUGCUGUUCAUUUGUAGAACGAGCCAAACACAGGGGAGGAGAGGAUCAAAUACAGGACAGCUUCCCUCUUCAGUCAACAACAACUUUUGACCUACAUCUGCAUCCACUUAUCAACACAAGACUUACCAUCCCUUAUUAUACUAUAUCAAGAGUCUCAUUUUGUGUCUCCAACACAUCUUUGUACUGCUUAUUUGUAGCCUAAUGCACUGUCUAUAACAAUCAGAGGACUUGUUGAGUAAAGGACUGCACUCAGAAACUGAUUUCAUUCGGUGACAUAGAUGUUUGUACCCAGUCUCUAGCACCAUAUGAAAUCAGUGUUCUGGGAGGUGGGCUAUCAGCAUGUACAGACUCUGUACAUGAAUGAAUUGAAAUACAGCAUGUUCUCGUGAUGCCUAAAAGUAGGUCACAUUUGUAUAAAUAACUGUACUUUCCUGCUUCAUUCACUAACUGGUCACAGCUGCUGUUGUGCUUUCUUUUUCUCCCUGCCUGUGUCUCCCAUCGACUCAGGCAUGUGUAUUAUCAUGAAUCCGCCUUUAUUCAUCAGUUGUAUUUCCGUUAGCUGUGUUGUUUCAUGCAUUUUGUAAGAUUAACUGACACUGUUUAAUUUUUCCUGAACAGUGAACAGAAGAGACAAUUAAGAAAUAAAGGCAAACAUUGUGUAAUCAGGAGUCAUACAGUCUGACUCAGUAAUGUCAUUUACACAAUAAUAUCUUUCUUAUGUUCUUUUUUCUUAUUUCAAAAGUUACAUGCCUUUAAACCAACUUUUAAAGGCCCAUUCUAUGUCUGAAGUCUGGUCCCAGCUCAUCGCAUGCACUUCAUCCCAUUACAGGGUUUUCUAUAUUUGUUUUGACUGAAUGUGAAAUGUACCAUUUAGAUUUCAUCAAAGGUAGUGGGUGUCGCAGCUACUGUAUGCAGUAUUAAGGAAACCUGUCAAUUAAAAACUGAAAGAAGCCUUUAUUUUGUGGCGAUAAAAGUUGUAAAAUUAUCUUUAAUGUGCUUAAUAAAUGUCAGCAUUACAAUAAACUUUUUAUCACAAUAAAGCUUUUGUCUCAUUUAACCUCAUUCGGUUGUUGGAAACUAAAAUGGAUCUUCUUCAGCGGUUUUCAUGGAAUUGCAGAUGUUCAAAUUUCCAUGUUUGUGAGUAUUUAAAAGUGGAAGAUGAUUGUUUACAACUGAAAGCUCCAGAACAACUACUAAAUGCACCUUGUGGUAACAUUGUUUUGUCAAAUACUGUUUUUGUCCAAGUUUAAGAAUGAACUUUCAGGUUCAACUUCUAAAGCGAACAUGGACAAGAAGUAUUUACCUGCUGAGGAAAGCUAUUAAAUGCACUUUGUUGUGAUAUUGUUUUGUCAACUAUAGCCAUUUGUUUGUGGGAUUGUUUUUAUUUAUAAACUCACACUACUACAUAUGUUUUAUUUGACUGGGAGCCAUAUGUAUGAAGGUAUAGUUCAUGUGUUCUUACCCAUACCCAGGAGCCGUUUCAAAGCACCUGCUCCACCCUGAAGACGCUACAGCAAUGAUGUCAUGCACCAUAUAUCAUGACAUCGACAGGUGUGGUGAUGAUGUGCUCAUGAAGGACAGAGCUGUGGGGUUCAAGGAGCAUAUCAUGCCCUGUUUGACUGAUGUGCGGGUCUUGCUACAGAGGAAAGUCAAACAGGCCAGAAGGGUCUGAAUAAAAUGUAAUCUUGAUCCUUAUAUGGGGGUAAAAAAGAUGAUUUAUUGCACAAUAUAAGACUUCCCUUGGAUGAUGUAUUAUUCAUGAACCGCACUCUGAAGCAAAGAAAUUCAAACACAGAGAGACAAAAUUUCUGACAACAUUGUUUUUAUCAAAUUUGACAUGUAUUGCUUUCGCUGAAAUGAAAAUAAGGUUCUCAGUUGUAAAGUAUAUAUCAAAUGCAAUAUGCAUGAGAUGAAAUAAAGUUUCAAACAAGCAUCCUGAUGUAAUAUUCAUAUGGUUAUAUUUAUUUUUAUUUAUAUUUGGAUUCCUGUCUCUAAGCACAAACAAGUCCAUGUAUUCAAAUGAGACAUUUUACAUGCUGUUAUUAUAUUUUCUCUGUAAUGUCAGAAAAGGUUCAUUGUCUUUCUUGCUUUAGUCCUCCAGUCUGGCUCAUGCACCCUGACAGUAAAGGCAAAUAAGGGACCUUGGGCAAAAAUAAGAUGCUGGGACCUACAGAUACACCCCGCUAACACCAACUCUCUUUGCAUUGUAUACUGUAUGUACUCUGUCACCUUCAAAGACCUAUCAACAACCGUGCAGAGCAGAUUGCACAUGACAGCUGAAUUAUGAGUAUCAAAAUCAGAAUCUACUUCAUUGCCAAAGUUGCUGAAGCUGAAAAAGUAAGAAGGAGAUGCACAUUCAGACAUUCAGUUAAAUAUAGAUAAGGAAACAUAUAAACAUAUUACUAUCAUGUGCAGGCAAGUAAGAAUGAAAAUAGAUAUGUAUAAAUAAUAUCUGGUCAACAUAGUAUUGUUCCUAUACACGUUAAAUCGUUACUGUAUAUUGUCUAUAUGGGGUAGUGGUGUGGUUCUUACUAUGCUAAAGAACAAGGUAGUAGUGAGUGUUUAUCAAUACAAAGCCAAUUAGAAUUAAUAUUGUAUGGGUAAUAUUGUAAACAAUCUAUAUACAGAGGUGGUGGCCAUAUAUUGAUGGAUUGAGCCUAUAUGUACACGCAUUAUGUUUCACCUUAAGUCCCAGAAACCAAGUAAUGCGCCUGGAAUACAACACAUUUUAUGUUUGUGAGCUCCUUCAGCACCAUUUAACUCUAUGAGAUAUAACUAAGAAAUAAAUAAAUAAAUCCCAAUUGAGUCCGUAUGCCUAUUAAUUGGUAUUAAUUGUUUAUUGUUGGUGUUGGCACUGUGGCCUCCAUAAUCUGUAUUGAGAUACAUCUGUGAUGUGUAGGCCUAGAUAUAGGGGAAGAUACACGUCUCCCUAUUAUGUUAUUAAUUAUUAUUACAGUUUAUGUGUUAUGUCCAGGUACCUACCUGUGAAUAUAUUCAUGCAGAAGCUUAAUAAAGAAAUAAUCGUAACAAAAAUAAAUCUGAAUGACCGUGGAGAAUAAGCCUGGUUUCCAUUAUUCUCCGCCUCAUUCACAUCGUUUUAUAGAAUUCUGACUGGCCCCUCCCAUCUCGUUGGUGCGCGAGCUCUGAGCGCUCUGCUGAUUGGUCCAUUUCCAAGAUUCCGCCAUAUUCAAACUUCCGCCGUGGUGUGUGUUCUGUUGUCAUCGAUCUCCUGCUUUCUUUGUACACAUUGGGAUCAGUUUUUACACGGCUGUUCGUCGUCCUUUGCUCACUUUGCUACAACUACGCCUCGAUAUAAGUGAUUUCAAAACGAAGCCUCUCGCAAAAUGGAAGAAAACGAAGAGGUCUGUGGAGGAACGAUGGAAAAUAAAAGGCAAAAGCUUCGCAGGAUGUCAUCAAGGACGUCCAAUGCCAGUGUCAUCAACGAUGCAGAGCCCUCUCCACAAACACUCCGGAGAAACAACUCCAAAAAACCUCCACUGCAGAGAAGAAGCUCCUUCACGUUUCUGACACCAGGGACUCCAUGGGACUUCAGUCUAAAGAGAAAGCGCAAAGAGAAGGAGGAUGACACGGUCAGUCUGUCGAGCUUCGACCUCAAGGAACCCAGUAACAAGCGUGUACGACCACUGGCCAAAGUUUCAUCCCUCGUCAACUUGAUAUCUCCUUCAAAGAAUGGGGCAGUGCGGCGCUUUGGCCAGACCAUCCAGUCAAUGUCAUUACGUGGUGAUAGCAAGUCACCAGGGAUGUCGCUCAAAGCCAGCAGCAAGGCAGCAGGUCCCAUUCCCACUAAACGCAGAAACAAUCCGCUGUGGUCAGAGACACUGGACGUACAUCAGAAGAGCACGUUCUCCACCAAAGAGAUCAAGAGACAAGAGGCAAUUUAUGAGCUUUACAGAGGAGAGCAGGAUCUCAUUGAAGAUCUCCAACUUGCACGAAAGGCGUAUCAUGAUCCGAUGCUAAAGCUCUCUAUAAUGACAGAGGAGGAACUUGGUCACAUAUUUGGGGACCUGGAUGCAUACAUCCCCUUACAUGAGGACUUACUGAUGAAACUGACCGAGGAAACAGGCCCUGAUGGAACAGUAGCUCAGAUCGGACAGAUAGUAAUAGACUGGCUGCCUGGUCUGAAUGCUUACAAAAACUACUGCAGCAACCAGCUUGCAGCCAAAGCCCUGCUUGACCAGAAAAAGCAGGACAGGCGGGUCCAGGACUUCCUGCAGCGCUGUCUGGAGUCGCCCUUCAGCAGGAAGCUUGACCUCUGGAGCUUCCUAGACAUACCACGAUCACGCCUGGUGAAAUACCCACUGCUGCUGCGAGAGAUCCUGAGACACACUCCUCCUGAUCACCCAGACGUAGCCAGUCUGGAUCGAGCUAUCAUAAUAAUCCAGGAGAUUCUGUCUGAUAUCAACGUGAGGAAAGGGGAGUCUGAGUGCCAGUAUUAUAUAGACAAACUGGAGUACCUGGAUGAUAAGCAGCGGGACCCUCUCAUAGACAACUGUAAGACCCUACUUUGUCAUGGUGAGCUGCGGAACAAGAGUGGCUCGCGGCUGCACGUGUUCCUUUUCUCUGAGCUGCUGGUUUUGACCCGACCGGUGACACGUAACGACAGGAGCUGCUUCCAGGUGUAUCGACAGCCCAUCCCGGUUCGGGACUUGGCUCUAGAGGACCUGCAGGAUGGAGAUAUCCGCAUGGGGGGGUCAUUCAGAGGGGCUUUCACCAAUGCAGAGAAAGUGAAGAAUGUUUUCCGUGUGAGCUCUCUGGAUCCAUCCCAUGGGCAGUCCCACACCCUGCAUGUCAAUGAUGUCUACCACAAACAGCAAUGGCUCAACUGCCUACGCUCUGCGAUGGCCCAGCAACAGGAGGCUCCACCUAGAGUUCAGCAGGGAGAAGCUGUCAGAGCCAAACGGCGCUCCUCUGCUCGCUCAGCCACCGUCUAUGAUGACGAGACAGACGAGAACUGUCCGCCUGUCUCUGGCCCUAAACUCAGGCCUCAGACACUCUCCAAAACCAGACUGGACCAGAAGUUACAAGGCUCAGUAAAGAGGAAGGAGACUGGAGUGUAGACAUUUAACCUGACCUGAUGGUUCUCAAAUGGGUUCCUCUCAGACAGGCACGUGUUCAACAUGUGCCUUGUUCGUCACGUAAUUGAAUGUUUCAUGCAACCACUGAUUUUGCGCUCUUGCUUCAUCUCUGUAGCUGCACUGAAAAGCCUCUCCAAUCAUUUCCGUCCAAAUGUAUAUCAAAUUUUAGUCUUAAAACGUGUAAUUAGUUUACAUAAAAAGUUAUGUGCUAGUGUGACUGAAAUAGAUGUUUACACCAGCUUAAUGUGUGUGGAAUUAGGGUUUUCUGUGUCUACCUGAGCUAAAACAACCUAAUACCACUUGUAGUUUUUUUUGUUUUGAUUCAUCAUUCAUUUCAGUGUCACACAUUUAAAACUUUCCUUUUCUUUUUUUUUUUGCUCUAAUCAAAAUGUCAGAGCAGCUAUAGUGUAAGCAGCAUGUGUGCAGUUGUCUGUUGUAAGUGUUAUGUGUGCAAAGAUAAAGGACCAAGAAGAAGAAAUUGUGAUGGCCUCAGCUGUGCAGGAAGCCGUUGAGUUCGAAGAGCUAAAAAUGUUGUGAGAUUAGAUAAAAGAUAAUGACCAGAACCCUGACCAUAGAUAAGAUAAGGUAAGAACAUUUCUUGGGAAAAAAUCAGACAAAUCUACAUGUAUUCAUUUGUGUUCAGUGGAAAAUUGUUAAUCAUUGAAAAAUAAAACACUUGUUUGUA